AGUACCAAGAAAAAUGAAUAUUUGUGAUGUAUAUUCUAUGUGUCGAAUAUGUCUAACAUCAAAUUCUAUUAUCAAUAAAAAUGCAGAGGAUCCAAUUUUUAUUGAUAUAUUUUCUCUAACACCAAAUAUUGAUACAUCUCGUUCAAUUGCUUCAGUUAUAAUGGAUUGUGCUCCUGUACAGAUAAAUCCCAACGAUGGUCUACCUGAAUUAAUCUGCAAUCAAUGCGUAAAAAAAUUACUGUCAGCAUAUCAAUUUCGAGAUAUAUGCAUUCAAUCAGACGUGUCAUUACGACAACAAUUCGAUAUUCCUUCAAUAACAAUAAUUAAUACAACUCCUGAAGAAAUAAAAUUAAUAAAAGUUGAAGAUAUCAUUGAAACUAUACCUCAAGAAAAUAUAGUUAAUGAAGACAAGUCAUUUAUUUGUGCUAGUUGCAACGAAGGUUUUACAACUCGACGUGCUUUAAAAGAACAUGAAACCAUUCAUCCAGGACUGCGACCAUAUGAAUGUGAUAAAUGUUCUAAGACAUUUAAACAAAAAAGUCACUUGAAAUAUCAUAUAGGUAUGCAUUUGGGAGAAAGACCAUUUUUAUGUCAUAUUUGUGAUAAAUCAUUCACGCGUAAUAGCUACCUAAAACUACAUAUACAUUCUGUACAUUCUCAAACAAAUAACGAGAAAGAAAAAAAUAUUUUGAGUAAUAAUUUAACGAAUUUAUUAGAUGAUUCGUUACGAUAUCAAUGCGAUAUAUGUGACAAAAGAUAUAGACAUGCCAAUCAAUUGCGUGUUCAUAAAAGAAUUCAUACUGGAGAAAGACCUUUUCAAUGUAAUAUUUGUUCAAAAACCUUUAUGCAUAAUAGUGUAUUAAAAACCCAUAUACGAACGCAUUCUGGAAAACGACCUUAUAUCUGCGAAAUAUGUUCCAAGUCCUAUUACACAUCGUGGGAUUUAAAAAAGCAUACUAAUACACACACAGGCUCAAGUAAAUAUCAAUGUGAUAUUUGUGAAAAAAAAUUUAAACAACGUGGUUAUUUAAUUACACAUAAACGAACUCAUACUGGAGAAAAACCGUAUGUUUGUGAUGUGUGUGGCCGUGGUUUUACACAAGUUGGACCUUUAACGGUGCAUAAACGAACACAUACAGGUGAAAAACCAUUCUCUUGUACUAUUUGUGAUAAAACAUGCAAUACGGAUUGUGAUCUGAAGAAGCAUAUGAUGGUACACUCAAAUGAAUUUCCAUUUACAUGUGAUGUUUGUAAUAAGGCUUUUAAGUGGAAUAGUAAUUUGAUAAAACACAAACGAUUACAUACGGGAGAAAAACCUUACCCGUGUUCAUUUUGUAAUCGUGCGUUUGUUGAUAGUGGUCGAUUAAAAUUUCAUUUAUCUGUACACUCUGGCGAACGGCCAUUCAAGUGCGAUUUUUGUAAUGCUAAAUUUAAAACAAAUGCAACGUUGAUAAAUCGUAAAUCAUUUAUUCAGCAAAUAAGUGACUUAAUUGAAUUGUUGAAUUGA